AUGUUCGCUGUGAAAGGAUGGUCCGUGAAUCCAAAUGCACUCAAACCUCAGACGGAGCCUUUCAAGACGGGACCGCUACCGCAGAAGGCGAAAGACGGAACCAUAACUAAACCUGAAGCUGGCAAAAAGCGCAAGCGCGGCGAUGGACCCGCAGGCAAUGAGCCGGACGUGGGGAAACUCUGGACAAAGCACAUCGAUAAUGGCGAACCUGAGAAGCCGAAAAAAGCGAAGAAGGCAAAAGUAGAGGGUGACGAGACGAAUCGGCCCAAGACGAAGAAGGAAAAGAAGGCUGCAAAGGCCGCGAAGAAGGCUGCGAAGAAGCCGGUCAACGUCAAUGAUGUUCCUUUGGGUGAGAGGAAGAAGCGAACAGAGGAGGUUAUGCCGAUAGAAGGCGCAGAGGUGGCCGAGGAAGUGACGGAGAGUGCGCCAGUGGAAACGGGUGCUGAACGCAUCGAGCGCGAGAGUCAGGCUGCACUUUCAACAAUCGACAAGAAGAACAAAGACAACAAGCGUCGAAAAUCUGGCGACAUCAGACCUACCAGUACACCUGCUACUGGGCCUGAUGCCGCACCCRAAGCAGCACCUGUAGUCACCGCUCCCGUCAGCACUCUGACGCCCAUGCAAGCUGCAAUGCGCCAAAAGCUCAUAUCCGCCCGCUUCCGCCACCUGAAUCAAACACUGUACACCGAGCCCUCUCUCAAAGCCCUACAGCUCUUCGCUCGCGAUCCACAGAUGUUCGAAGACUAUCACUCUGGUUUCCGCCAGCAGGUCACCACUUGGCCCUCUAACCCUGUAGACACUUUCAUUGAGACGAUCCGAUCCCGUGGUUCUGUCCGUCUUCCGCACCAGAAGAAGCCCAUGAAGGGCAAGUUUGCACCAAAGUCUAAGAAACCUGCAGUCGAGGACGCCAACGAUCUGAAGUCUCUUGCCCUGCCCCGAACUCAGGGCGUCAGCAUCAUUGCCGAUCUUGGGUGUGGAGACGCACGUCUCGCGCAAACGUUUGUUGACUCGGGCGAAUCUCACUCACUGAACCUCAAAAUCCUGUCUUACGAUCUACACUCGCCACAUCCGCUUGUUACCAAGGCCGAUAUCUCCAAGCUCCCUCUGGAAGACGGGAGCGUGGACAUUGCUAUCUUCUGCCUCGCACUCAUGGGUACCAACUGGAUUUCAUUCAUCGAAGAGGCAGAACGCAUACUGCAUUGGAAAGGAGAGCUGUGGGUCGCGGAGAUCAAAUCCCGCUUUGGGCGAGUCGGUAAGGGUAGUAAGGUCGUGGAGCACUCCGUAGGAGGCAAGAGAAAGGCUGCAGCUCUGAGCAAAGUGAAGGCGAAGAAGGCGGCAGAGGAGCAAGAAGGCGAUGAGCAGGCAGCUUUAGCGGUGGAAGUCGAUGGGGCGGAGAGCACGAAGAUCGAGGAGACGGAUGUUGGCGCGUUUGUGGAAGUUCUACGGAGGCGUGGCUUCCUGUUAAAGAGUGAAGUCUACGGACCAAAGCACGCGCCUACAGAGAGUGGGAUCGGGCUCAAGAGAGGAGAGGCGAGCAUUGAUUUGAGCAACAAGAUGUUCGUCAAGAUGGAGUUUGUUAAGGCUGUAACGCCAACGAAAGGCAAGGGUGUGCCUGAGGAGGGGGAGAAACGGGAGCAGAAGGUGGAGAAGUUCAAGAAGAAAAAGUUUUUGGACGAGGUGGAAGAGGAGGAGGUUGCUACAGAGGACGAGGCCAAGACUUUAAAGCCUUGUCUGUACAAGAUUCGGUAG